AUGGCCGUGUCUUGGGUUUCUGUGGCCUUCCUUGCCGCUACGGCGUUAGGGGCUUCUAUUGGACUUUCAUUCAUUCCAUAUCGGACCCCAUCACUGGAAACGCCAAUAAACACCAAUCGCAUAAUGCGGAUUCUAAAACGUGUAUCCGCCACAGAAAAGCUAAUAUUGGAAAAAUCGCUUUGCGGAAAAGUAUGGGUGACAAUUCACUCUCUUACUAUACGUUUGGGAGUCGGGCAAAACUUACUGGAUGCUAUUGAAUUGAACUGGGAUUUCAAAUCUUGUGCCAACCUCCCUAUGCAGAUUGGUUUAUUUGGUGCACGUCCGAGUGGCUGGCAUAAUGCUUUGGCGGUAUAUGAUGUCACGUCAGUUGCGGGGCACAUCGUCACCAACAUAUCUCUUGGAGAACCUGAACUUCCAGCUGGUUGGGAGUCAGGUGCCGGUCUGAGGGGACCACAGUGUUUGUGGCCAUGGGUCGGAGCGGGAGACCAGCAUAUAACUACAUUUAAUUGUUUAAAAAUACAACCUACUUGGAUGGACGAUUAUGGCAACCGAAUCAAUAAUCUUCGUAUUGGCGAGUUGGCGAUUCCUGGCACACACAAUGCGGGUGCUUGGCGUUUUGACACGGAAAUUAGUACAGUGACCAGAGAUACUUUCGUACUCUGUCAGGACCAAUCUAUAUGGGCACAGCUUGUCUAUGGCAUUCGGUACUUUGACUUUAGAAUAGCCUACUACGACUUUUAUGAAACAAUUGAAGAUAGAUACUGGCUCAAUCACAACUUAAUUCGUGUCCGUCCACUAUUACCUCUCUUGAAAGAAAUUAGGGCUUUCUUAGACGUCACUAAAGAAGUUGUAUUUCUCGAUGCGCACCACUUUCCUCUGGGUUUUUACGAGCAAAACGGAGCACCUAUCAGUUCCGUCCACGAGGGGUUACUUAAACUAGUAAAAAGGGAAUUGGGGCCCCAUAUAGCCCCUGCAAAUCAGUUCCAUACUGGCGCCGGAACUAGGGGCCCUACUCUACAAAGUUUGAAAGACGCAGACAGGCGCCUUGUCUUCAACUAUGUAGAUAACACUAUCGUUGCUGAAAACAAUUGGUUGUGGCCGAUACUACCUCAUUUAUGGGCGAACACAAAUAGCCCUAAACAACUUUUCGAGUACUUAGAUCGCGCUAUUGCAACCUCACCACAGCCGAACGCUCGCUCUCCAAUGUUCUCAGCUAUGGCACAAACUACUCCAACUGUUCUAGACAUUCUAUUCGUCAGAGGAUCUCUUAGAGCCAACGCGGAAGCGGUCAACAGAAAUGUCACUUCUCGACUGUCUACCGUUUGGCGGCAACAAGCUAACAUCGUCUCUACAGACUUCUUUCUUGCAAACGAUGUCAUCGAUGUGUCUAUACAGAUAAACGUUGAACGCUCCAACAGAUUAUGA